CAUGUCUACGUAUGUACCUAGAGCCGAAUAAAAUAUUGAACCGGGCCUUAAUAUUUCCUAAACACUAAUGUGUUUCUCUCGUCGACACUUACUUUCAAAUGUGACCCAGACUCAAGCUAUGUAGAGCCCACUUACCUGCUGCUGCGCUGGAAAUAUGCGAGACAGCUUUGUUCAUAUAAUCUAUUUUAUAUAUCUUUCAUUAUUAUAAGACUCCUCUCCAAAUGCUACCACACAAUUCCUCUAUCAAAGCCGCCCAAUCCUCCACCCAAAAAUGGCUUAUCUCCGGCGAGCAGCCACCGCAUUGGUUCUCAUUUUCCAGCUCCAUCUCUUUCUCUCUCUCUCAAAUGCACAUAACAUAACCCGAAUCUUGGCCAAAGACCCUGAUUUCUCCACUUUCAACCACUAUCUCUCAGCGACUCAUCUCGCCGACGAGAUCAACCGCCGGCAAACAAUCACCGUCUUGGCCGUCGAUAACUCAGCAAUGUCCUCCAUCCUCUCUAACGGAUACUCACUCUACCAAAUCCGCAACAUUCUCUCUCUCCACGUCCUGGUCGAUUACUUCGGCACCAAGAAACUUCACCAGAUCACCGACGGCUCCACCUCCACUGCCUCCAUGUUUCAAUCCACCGGAUCCGCCACCGGAACUUCUGGAUACAUCAACAUCACCGAUAUAAAAGGCGGUAAAGUCGCUUUUGGUGUCCAAGACGACGAUAGCAAGCUCACAGCUCACUACGUCAAAUCCGUCUUUGAAAAGCCUUACAACAUCUCUGUUCUUCACAUCAGCCAAGUCUUAACCUCGCCGGAAGCAGAAGCUCCCACGGCGAGUCCCAGCGACCUCAUCCUCACCACAAUCCUCGAAAAACAAGGGUGCAAAGCUUUCUCCGACAUCUUGAAGUCAACCGGCGCCGACAAAACGUUCCAAGAUACCGUAGACGGAGGCUUAACGGUGUUCUGUCCCUCCGACAGCGCUGUCGGUAAGUUCAUGCCGAAAUUCAAAUCCCUUUCUCCGGCGAACAAGACUGCGUUAGUGCUUUACCACGGCAUGCCGGUUUACCAGUCGUUACAAAUGCUUAGAUCAGGUAACGGCGCCGUUAACACGUUAGCGACGGAAGGUAACAACAAGUUUGAUUUCACCGUUCAAAAUGACGGAGAAGACGUGACGCUGGAGACGGACGUUGUGACGGCGAAGGUAAUGGGGACGUUAAAGGAUCAAGAGCCAUUGAUAGUUUACAAGAUCGAUAAAGUGUUGUUGCCUAGAGAAAUCUACAAGGCCGUUAAGACGUCCGCUCCAGCUCCUAAGUCGAGUAAGAAAAAGCCUAAGAACGCGGAGGCUGACGCCGACGGACCUAGCGCCGAUGCUCCGUCAGAUGAUGAUGUUGAGGUGGCUGACGAUAAAAACGGCGCCGUAUCAGCGAUGAUUACUCGAACAAGUAAUGUCGUAACGGCCAUUGUCGGGCUCUGUUUCGGAGUUUGGCUUAUGUGAAGUGACGUGGCAUUUACCUCGCUUUGGGAAUCUUGUUUUCCUUUUUCUUUGUGAUCUGUCGGUUUAAUUUAUUUUACAUAUUCUUUUUUUUGUUCACGUUGAUACUUGGUGUGGAGAUUUGGAAUAAUUAAUUGUUCCACUUGUGUUGGAUCUGAUAUGUUUUAUUCUAAAAAAAUGUGAUGAUCAUUCAAAAGAGUGAUUGGUACGUUGGAAUCACGUGUAUCUAUAAAGAUAGUGUCGGUGGUAGUCGAAAUAGUGUGAGGCUGUGAGCUGUAAGAUGCAUGUUACAUCCUUUGUGGUCGCUUGGAUUUGACCCAUGAUGAUGCUCCAUCGUAACUACACUAAUAUGAAAUAUAGUAUACUUUCAAUUA